CACUGUACCCACCUCUUCCGCGCACCUUUCUUCUAUAUAAAAAUCUCCCUCUCCUCUCUAACCUAAUCCCUUCUCUCUCUAGUCUUCCCCAUCUCGCUCCCUCCCUCUCUAUCCCUUCCUCUCUUGAGAUUUUCAGUCAUGGCGGAGGAAACAGAGAAGAAGGCUUCGGAUUCGUCGCCGGCGGAAGGGGUGGUGGUUUCAGAGGCGAAAACAGGGGAAAAAGAUCCGCCGGUGGUGGCUGCUAAGGUGACGGAGGAGGAGACGAAGAAGCCCACGGAGGAGGCUCCGGCCGCGGUGGCCUCAGUUUCGUUCAAGGAGGAGAGCAAUCUCGUCGGCGAUCUCCCGGAGCCCGAAAAGAAAGCCCUUGAUGAGCUCAAGCAGCUUGUUCAAGCAGCUCUUUCUAAUAACGAGUUUAAUCCACCACCACCGCCGCCUCCUCCUCCCCCUAAAUCCGAGGAGCCCCCUGCCUCCGAGGCCAAGGUGGAGGAACCCGCAGCCGCAGAACAGACGUCUGCUGCUCAGGAGAAAGCUGAGGUUACCGCGCCGGCGGAGCACAAGGCGGAAGAAACCGCCGCCCACACUUCUGAAGAGCCGGCCGUCGCACCUUCAGAUGCGCCGAAAGUAGUAGAAUCGGUGGAGAUUAAGACAGUGGUGGUUGACGAUGAUGGAGCGAAGACUGUGGAGGCUAUCGAGGAGACCGUUGUACCUGUAACCCCACCUGCACCUGUCGUUGAAGCGGUGGCUCCGACGGCAGAAACGGGGACUGAUAAAGAACCCAUUAAAGAGCCUGAAGCUGCGGCGUCUGUUGAAGCCCCGCCGGUGGUUACUCCAGCGGAGGAGUUCAUCUGGGGGGUUCCUCUUGUUGGGGACGAAAAGAGUGAUACUGUUCUGCUGAAGUUUCUCAGGGCUAGGGAUUUCAAGGUGAAGGAUGCUCUCGCCAUGAUCAAGAACGCUGUGAUUUGGAGGAAGCAGUUUGGGAUCGAGAGUCUGCUGGAGGAGGACCUUGAGGUUCCGGAGCUGGAGAAGGUGGUGUUCUACCAUGGACAGGAUAAGGAAGGUCAUCCUGUUUGCUAUAAUGUUUAUGGAGAGUUUCAGGACCCGGAGCUCUAUGCGAAGGCCUUUGGGGACGAAGAGAAGAGGGAGAAGUUUUUGAGGUGGAGAAUUCAGUUCCUUGAGAAAGGGAUUAGGCAGCAACUGGACUUUAGUCCCAAAGGAGUUUGCACCAUGGUGCAGAUCACUGAUCUUAAGAACGUCCCAGGACCAGGAAAGAAGGAGCUCCGGCAGGCCACCAAGAAGGCUUUAGCUCUACUCCAGGAUAACUAUCCUGAGUUUGUGGCCAAGCAGGUGUUUAUAAAUGUUCCAUGGUGGUACCUUGCAUAUAACCGAGUGAUUAGUCCGUUCUUUACACAGAGGAGUAAGAGCAAGUUUGUUUUCGCUGGUCCUUCCAAAUCUGCAGAAACCAUAUUCAGGUACAUAGCCCCAGAAUACGUUCCAGUUCAAUAUGGAGGUCUUAGCAAAGAAAAUGAUACAGAUUUCACUUCUUCUGAUGCUGUUACUGAGGUCAUCAUUAAGCCCUCAAGCAAACACGUUAUUGAGUUGCCUUCUACUGAGCCAUCCCUUAUCAUAUGGGAGCUCCGAGUAUUAGGAUGGGAUGUGAGUUACAGUGCGGAGUUCGUUCCAACAUCAGAGGAAGGUUACACAGUGCUGGUGCAGAAGGCACGGAAGUUCUCUGUCGCCGAUGAACCCUACGUAAAAAGCAGCUUCAAGGUGGGUGAGCCAGGAAAGAUUGUUCUAAGCAUUGACAAUGCCACGACGAAGAAGAAGAAGCUCCUCUACAGAUCGAAGACUAAGAGCAACACUGAAUCUGCAUAAGUUCAUUCAAAAACUUUGUGAAAAACCAAAGAGGAAAGUAAAUGGUGGGAGUGAUUUAUGAUUAAAGGUUGAAUUUUUUUCCGUUUUUUCUUUGAUUGGUUUCUCUUAAUGGUUAAUUAUAUGUUUUAUUAUUGUGUUGGUUUGUUAAAAAAAAUGAAAAAGUUGUGUUCUUUGAGGAGUAGAAAGGGUGAGGGGUUCUGUAAAUCCUCCAAGACUUGACCUUUGUGGAAUAUUUCUCUUGUUUAUCAAUAUUUGCUGUCAUUGUUGGACAACUUGCA